AAAUGUUAUCUUGAAGACAAAUGUGUGUCGUACAACCUGGGUCCAGUAGAAGGAAUGGCGAGAACAUGUGAACUGAAUGACGCUGAUCACGUGUCAGACCCAGAUCACGUGGUAUCUAAGAAAGGCUUUGAAUACUGUCCAAUCAAAAACCCCUGUUCUUCCAGUCCUUGUCCUUCCAAUCAAUGGUGUGCACCUGACUUCUAUAGGGACACGUUCAAGUGCAACUAUGGACGGUUGACCCAGUGGGGUCCAUGGUCUACAUGCCGUUGUCCUUUAGUUCGUUACCGUGGUUGUAUCACCCCCAUGAACACCAGUGCUCCACUUUUGUGUGAAGGAUCGAAGAUGGAGGAAGAAAAGAAGUGCAAAUCAGUCACCGAUAUCUCAGGUUGUUCUGGGCCUCUUGGAAUGCAAGAUGGAAAGAUACAAGACAAUCAAAUUUCAGCUUCGUCGACGUAUUCCGGACCGCAUUGCUAUCCCCGUUACGGCCGUCUUUAUAAAACUCCGAAAUCUACUUGGGACGGAGGGUGGUGCGCAAAACAUAAUAGAAUUGGCGAGUACAUGCAGAUAGACUUGGGGACAAUGAAAUGGGUGACAAAGAUCGCCACACAAGGGAGAAACGCUAAAACUAACCAGUGGGUAAAGGAGUACACUUUGUCCUUCACAAACAAUACCAUCACUUGGCAAGACUACAGAGGGGAUGAAAACUGCACGAAGCGCUUCAUUGGUAAUACUGACCGCAACACAGUUGUGACGAACGAACUUCCAGUGCCUGUCAAGACACGAUACGUUAGAAUCCUGCCCCAAGCAUGGAGUCGACACAUAUCGAUGAGGAUGGAACUGUAUGGAUGUGCGUCUGUAUGUGAUGGUGGUUGUAAGGUGCUUGACUAUCUUGACUGUAGGAAAAACAAGAUCUUCACUGGUCACCUCAUCAGGUCUUUCAGAAUCUUAGCACCCGGAUUAGAGGAUUGUCAGCACAAAUGUUAUCUUGAAGACAAAUGUUGUUCUGGGCCUCUUGGAAUGCAGGAUGGGACGAUACAAGACAAUCAAAUAUCGGCCUCGUCGCGAUUACACAGCAGGUGUGAUCCCUCUAACGGCCGUCUUUACAAAACCCCGAGAUUAUAUUUGGAUGGGGGGUGGUGCGCAAAAUAUAACAGAAUUGGCGAGUACAUGCAGAUAGACUUGGGGACAAUGAAAUGGGUGACAAAGAUCGCCACACAAGGGAGAAACACUGCAAGUAAGCAGUGGGUGAAGGAGUACACUUUGUCCUUCACAAACGAUACCAUCACUUGGCAAGACUACAGAGGGGAUGAAAACUGCACGAAGCGUUUCAUUGGUAAUACUGACAUAAACACAGUUGUGACGCACGAACUUCCCGUGCCCGUCAAGACACGAUACGUUAGCAUUCUACCACAGGCAUGGAAGGGUCGCAUAGCGAUGAGGGUUGAACUGUAUGGAUGUGCUUCUGAUUACAAAAUGGAGUGGAUAUUGCUCUUAUUUACUGGUCUAACAUUGAUUAAAUUAGCUAGAGGUGAUGGUGGUUGUAAGGUGCUUGACUAUCUUGACUGUAGGAAAAACAAGAUCUUCACUGGUCACCUCAUCAGGUCUUUCAGAAUCUUAGCACCCGGAUUAGAGGAUUGCCAGCACAAAUGUUAUCUUAAAGACAAAUGUGUGUCGUACAACCUGGGUCCAGUAGAAGGAAUGGCGAGAACAUGUGAACUGAAUGACGCUGAUCACGUGUCAAACCCAGAUCACGUGGUAUCUAAGAAAGGCUUUGAAUACUGUCCAAUCAAGAACCACUGUUCUUCCAAUCCUUGUCCUUCCAAUCAGUGGUGUGCACCUGACUUCUAUUGGGGCACGUUCAAGUGCAGCUAUGGAAGGUUGACCCAGUGGGGUCCAUGGUCUCCAUGUCGUUGUCCUCUAGUUCGUUACCGUGGUUGUAUCACCCCCAUGAACACCAGUGCUCCACUUUUGUGUGAAGGAUCGAAGAUGGAGGAAGAGAAGAAAUGCAAAACUUUCACCGAUAUCUCAGGUUGUUCCGAUCCUCUUGGAAUGCAAGACGGAAAGAUACAAGACAAUCAAAUUUCAGCCUCGUCGACGUAUCAUGUCGGAUAUUGCAGUCCCUCUCACGGMCGUCUUUACGAAACCCCGAAUUUUAUUUGGGACGGGGGGUGGUGCGCAAAACAAAAUAGAAUUGGCGAGUACAUGCAGAUAGACUUGGGGACAAUGAAAUGGGUGACAAAGAUCGCCACACAAGGGAGAAACACUGUAAGUAACCAGUGGAUGAAGGAGUACACUUUGUCCUUCACAAACGAUACCAUCACUUGGCAAGACUACAGAGGGGAUAAAAACUGCACGAAGUUAAUAGCAAAGACAUUUUUAAACUACGUAAUUAUUAAGUUGUGCGCUCAACGUGGUGCCUAUCACCUCUGUAAUCCGACGCAGCUUCAAACACAUGUCGGUAAAAUUACGCGCUUCAUUGGUAAUACUGACAUAAACACAGUUGUGACGCAUGAACUUCCGGUGCCCGUCAAGACACGAUACGUUAGAAUCCUGCCCAUAGCAUGGAGUAGACACAUAUCGAUGAGGAUGGAACUGUAUGGAUGUACAUCUGUAUAAAACCACACGUAGUGCAAUGAGCACCAACAGACUGACGUUACCCAUCAACACACGAUACAUUAGAUGGAGAGGACACAUAUCGAUGAAGGUUGAACUGUAUGGAUGUACAUCUGUAUACAACCACAUGUACGGCAAUGAGUACCAACAGACUGACGGUACCCAUCAAGACACGAUACAUUAGAUGGAGAGGACACAUAUCGAUGAAGGUUGAACUGUAUGGAUGUACAUCUGUAUACAACCACACGCACAGCAAUGAGUACCAACAGACUAUUAUUGCAAAUGAAACUUGUCAAUAAUGAGGCAGGUGUCACGAGCAAAUGUGUGUUUUAUCAAAAAAAAAUAGUGUUUUCCACAUUUUAAUUCAUUGAGAGUU